AUGUCCUCAGGCGCCAACUAUCUCGGUCUCUACGGCCAGUCUCCCCGGCAUGCUGCUGCUCUGUACACCGACGCACGAGACAGCUUGCGUCAAGCAUCUUCUACGUCUGCUGCUGCAAGGAGAAGGAGCAUGCAACCUCCGUCCCCAGCAUCGAGCACGAGAUCCUACGACACACUCUACGAGGAACCCCGCCGAACGAGCACGGCUCCCAACACCAACACCCACACACCGCCCCCACCUUACUCAUGUCGGGCCUCGAUUCUGCCCGAGACGCUCCCAGCCGCAAUCUCCGUGGGAUCCUAUUCCCAAGAACAGGAUUCCCGCCCAGGCUGCUCGAACACUACGUCAAAUUCCCCGCCGCAGACUUCCCGAGCCCAAAAGCGCAGGAGCUCCGUGAUGAUCAGGGACAUCGGAAUGCGCAUCUUCCACGCGAAAUCGUCAUAA